AUGUCAUGCCAGACCUCCCCCUUCACGACAUCCCUGCCUCUGUCCGAAACUCCAUCUGACAUCCCGAAGAAACAGAAGACGAGCCUGGGUGCUCGACUGAAAGGCAUUCUAGGGAAGAGAAGGAGCAGCAGCGGCAACAUGAGUAUCCCCCAAGACCUCUAUUGGCAAUCGUCCGAGACCCUGGAAACCCUUGGGCUACAGGGUUUCAAUGAACCUGACCUGACACCCCCAUCCCCUCCUCUGAGCACAGCAUCACUGCAUCAAGAACAACCAUCGCCCAGUCUGGAAUUAGGCGCUGGGCUAGAGACUCCCUGGAUGCCAUUCAGAUGGCUCCAGACACCAGAAGUACCACAAGGAGCAGUGGAAGGGGGACAAGAAGAUGAGGUCCACUACUGGCAAGCAGCGUCAAGAGCAGCCAGUAGACUGGAACAGGAGCGAGGAGGAGUCCCACACCUACCAAGGCAUGGUCCAGUGGUACCAAACCCAAUAUGGCCGACCCCUCAGUCCCUUGCUGAGUUCAUCAAUGCUCUCAACUCUCUGUUCUGGGAACUUGCCACUCCCGCCAGCAGCCCCAACCCCUGGACAAGACCAAUUGCUGAGGUCAUCAAUGCCGAUGACUACCAUCACUGGCAGUCACCAUUCCUCGACGACAACCACCCACUAUCAUAUGGGACAGACACCGUCGCCAAAACUGACGAUAUCCCCAUCCAGGGAGAUAGGAUACCAUCAGACUUCAGAACAAUCGGGGGUGACAAUGAGCAUAUUGACCCCACCAGAGACCUCAAAAGGUGCCGCCAGCAGAAGGAGAAGAGGAGCAGCCCAACCGGGAGCCUACUCUUCGACCCAGAUCCAAUGACACUGAGUCAAGUACUCAGCCCCGACCUACCCAUCCUGGGAACCUUUGGCCAGCAAAGCAGUUCCCUCCUCAAGGGGACCACCGACAAGGGGGCUGAAGGGGACGACGAGGCUGAGGAGGAGGACCAAGGGGGCCGAGCAGUGGACCCCAUCCUUGAGUGGGGAAGUAUCGUCAGUAUAACCAUGCGCCAAGAACAGGAGAAGAAGUGA